AAUGGAAAAAACAUCUUUGGAAAAACUUGUCAUUAAUAUGCAUGGACAAGAUGAUGAAAUCAUUUCUCUUGUCAAUUUGUUUCAACAUCGCAAGUGUUGAAACUUGAAAUUCCAUCCACCACUCAUGUUAUGAAAAUAUGAAAAGUGGAUCAUAAUCAAAGAAGGUAUUGUUUUGAUUAUGGAGGCAAAAACAAUACCUCAGUUAUUAAAUCGAACGCAAGUUCGAAUGUUUUAAGUUUAUAUUUACAGCAAAAAACUCCAAUUCGCGGAUGUUUAAUCAAAACAUGCAACCGAGCGGAUUUACGAAAAAGUCAACAACGAUUGCAUCAGCCGUGCACGGGCACGUUCGCGAGGAAAGAGACGGAAGAGCGGCCCGCUCUCGUGAGAAGACGACGCCGCGGGAAAAUUCGGAGUGACCGGAGUAGCGGCGAAUACUUAAGCUGGGACUUCAAGGAAGUCCGAGGUCGUUAUAGUGAUACCCCUCGUGAGGCAGGUGCCUACGUCGUUAUAGAUAGUCCGCGGUUCGUUUAGGUGUUAACUCUUAAGUUUUAUUCCGCGAGGCAGAAGUGAUGCCCGUUGUUUAAGUUUCGGUUUAGUGUUUAAGUGAUUUAAUAUUUUUUCAACUUAACUGAUAGAUUAAAAGUAAUUAAAAUCGAGCAGAUGUAGUGCAGUUAAUCAAAGGACAUAUCACAUCCAGCAGUAAUAGUGUCUAACCACUCGGUACGUAUUCCGCUUCAUUGGUGACAGCGCAAAAGAGCCUGAAAAGAUAGGCUCAGGUGCGCCGUUUUCUGGCUGGGCCAGUAGUGAAAAAGUAGAAAAAACUUACGUGCUUAAGUGACUUUGACGUAUCGGAAAAACAGACCCAAAUCAACGAAAGUGAAUGCCACGAAACGUGCAAGUCCAAUAUUUCUAAGGGCUCCUCCUCGAAGAUGGUCGAAACCUAAAAGAACAAAUAAAAAGGAUUAGAAGAAGAAACAGUGAAAGUGUUAGAGGAACAAUAAUAACAAUCCGAGAUCGACUGUUGACCAGUGUUACGCGAAUUCAAGUUUUCGAAAUCCAAUCGCAAUAGAUCCCACGGACAGGGAGCAGCUCACAGGGCACUGGAACCAGCAACAGGAUUCAACCUACAAAAAAAAUGAAAAUAAGACAGAGCAAAUGAGAUACGAACAGGCCUAUAGCCUAGGAAAUUGAGGUAAAUAUAUAUAGAAAAAAAAAAAUAAGAAUUUAAAUCCUGUUUGUAGUAGUCAACAAAUACUUUUGACACUACGUAAAAUGUAUGCCAAGAAACAUUUAAACAAACGAAGAGGACUAAAACAUAGGGUAACGCCUCAAAUUACAAAUAUGGAAAGACCGAAAAGACACGAAAAUUAUGAGAUACCACAAAGAUUAAAAAUUUUGUUGGAAAGACCAACAGUAUCUCUGGAAGAACAGAUAAGACAUUCCUGGAAUAAGGAAGACUGUUCUGAAAACAUAUUUGUAGAAACUAAUGGUCUCACAGCCCAUCGAACUUAUGCAAGAAACAAUACUGAUUGCAUAAGAGGUAAAGUUGGGUUCACAAAAGGUCUCCAUGUAUGGGAAAUAACAUGGCCUAGUGAACAGAGGGGGACACAUGCAUACGUUGGAAUAGCAACGUCUGAUGCAACCUUACAAUGCAUGGGUUAUCAAAGUCUAUUAGGACUAGAUAGCAAUUCUUGGGGCUUUGACAUAAACAGGGGCAUGACGCUUCAUGAUUCAAUCAUUGACACGUACCCGAAAAAACAAAAUGGUAGAGAACGAAAAUCUUUUGAAAAAUUCAAAAUAAAGUUCGAGACUAUUAAAGUGAUACUGGAUAUGGAUAAAGGCACACUGAGCUUUUUAGCCAAUGGCCAAUACUUUGGAGAAGCCUUCGAGGGUCUCCAAAAUAAGACACUAUACCCAAUAAUUUCAACAGUUUGGGGCAGAAGUGAGGUAAAAAUGGAAUAUUUAGGUGGUUUAGAGUCUAAACCAAUUACCUUACAGGAAUUGUGCAAAUACACAAUCUGUAAAGGAAUGUGUUCAAUACAUUUCAAAGAAAAUGUCAAACUUUUCCAAUUACCAAAGUCAAUAGAGAACUAUUUGUGCCUUCAAGGAAAGGACUUUUGGAAAAGGAGUCUGAACACAGACAGAAAACAUGAAUGCACAAAUUAUUGUGUCACAAAUAACACGAUUGGGCUCCGAGUAAAAGACGUGUGAAAAAAAAAAAAAUUAUGGAUUUA